AUGGUAAAAAAACAAGCAAUUCCUAAGAGACUAACCAAAGCACAAAUGAGAAAAUUAUUGUUAAGUGCGAAAAAAAAAGCUGAGCAAAUGCCUGAGGAGGAAGGUAGUUUUCGCUUAGAAGACAUACUUAUUAAGGAACAUGGUGAUAUCUAUCCCUUGCGUUCAGUUAUUAUUAAAUUUAGUGGUUUUCAUUUGAGUUAUAAUUGGUAUGGUCGGACUUUGUUAGGCAAAGAGGAGAUUGGCAACUUAAUUAUCUACACCAAAGAAAUUCAUCUUAAUGGCUUGUUUGCUUACUCCUUAGCCGGUUUAAAAAGUGAUAUGCCUAACUUUACCGAACAUUUUGGCUUUCGUAAGUUAAUUAACACUAUUGCUCAUGAGCUAGCCCACUGUUUAUUAGCUAACUAUAAGCUAGACUUUGGGCGAAAACAUGAACCUGAACACUCUGAAUUAACCCAAGACAUUGAGGCUUUUUUAUUAUGUUUACCAGAAGUCAAGGAGUUAGAGAAAUUACAGAAGUUUCAGUGA